AUGGCGUCGUGGAUGAGACCGACGGACCAAACGAGUCGGUUUCUGGACAGGCAUUUUGUUUAUGAAGGUGCAUUUGUGAUGUCAUUUCGGGUCACAGCAUUUGAAGUUGAAAUUGAGAAAGAUCAUCAACGCCUCGCCAUCAUCAUCGUCCUCUCCUCCAGCGGCAUGGUCAGCCCCGGGGACAUGGCUUUCGUUCUCUUCUCCUUCCUCUACAUCUUCUUCCUCUCAAAGUUUGUGUUCCCCAUCCCCCCUUCUUCUCAAGAGCCCCAAUUCUUCAACCCCCGCAACAAGCUCCUUCGCCUCUACAUUGUCCUCAGCGUCCUCAUCGGCCUUGUCCUCCCCAUAGCCUACAUCUUCGAGGGCGUUCUCGAGAACGACCAGCUAGGGAUCAAAGCAGCUACACCACCUGUUUUUCUCUUUGCGUGUCAACUUUUCAUGGACGGAGUGGUUUUUGGUGACAGAUUUUCCACUCCGAUACGCAUUUUCGUGCCGGUUUUGUACAACUCCAAGAGGAUUUUUACCCUAGUGGAUUGGCUUAGAAGUGAGUUCUCGAAACAAGAUGAAGAAGUGUACGGUGGCUCUGCGAGGAGGCUGUACGUUGGGAGAGUGCUUGCAGUUGUUAACUUGGCGUUUUGGUCGUUUAAUCUUUUCGGGUGCUUGUUGCCUGUUUAUCUUCCUAAGGCUUUCAAGAAACAUUACUCGGCUUACAGUGAAGUCAAAGAUUGA